AUGUGCUACACAAAUCAUGCCCUGGACCAGUUCCUGGAGGGAAUCAUUGACACUGAAUGCUGUGGAAGAAAACCGAAAGUUAUAAGAGUCGGUGGUAGAUGCAAGAACGAGAAAGUGAACCGCUACAAUCUGAGUAAAAAAGUAGUUCAUCCAUACCACUACUAUCAGCUGACACAGAUGGCACAAUGUGCAGAGCAACAACAUAAGGAAGUUGAAGUCUGGCUGGAUUUAUGGCAUUUAACCUCUACCAAUGUGCGUCACUUUCCUAAUGAGGACAAGGAUUUAAUUGUGGUGGACAAAGUUGGUCAGUUUAAUGAUGAAGUAGUCCAAGGUAGUGUAAAAGACUUGCCUGAACAGGAAGAUGAUACUUUCCUCAUAGACUAUGACAGACAGUAUGAAGGUGAUGAUGAAGGAUAUAAGAGUGCUAUAUUGCAGAAAAAUUUCACAGAAAAGAUAAUGAGCCAAUAUGUUCAUCCUUAUGUUGAAGAUGUAUUAGCAUAUGAGCCAGACAAUGACAGACCAAAAGUUGAAUUUGAGGGAGAGAAAUGGGUUCGUAAAGUAAAUGCCAACAAAUGGAUAAAACAAAAUUUACACAAAAACUCCAUGGAUGACGAAGAAGUUGAAGAGCUAUCAUAUAUUUCUAUUGCUAAAUUAAGUAUUGAGGAUCGAUGGCGAUUGUAUAAUAACUGGGAAGAACAGUGGUAUAAGUUCUUGCAAGAAGAAAAUAGAAAGAUGGCUCAGGAGUACAAUGAAAAGUGCAGCGAAAUAAAUGAAUUGAGGCAACGUAAAGACCAGCACACACUAGAGUCAGCAGAUGUGGUAGGAAUGACCACCACAGGAGCUGCCAAGUACCAGCACAUUCUCCACCACAUCAAACCAAAGAUUGUGAUUGUGGAGGAGGCGGCAGAGGUUCUGGAGGCUCACAUUGUCUCUGCUCUCAGUGCUGGCACCCAACACCUCAUUCUCAUUGGAGACCACAAGCAACUCAGACCCAAACCUAAUGAACAUGUCCUAGCAACAAAGUACAACCUCUCCAUCUCCCUGUUUGAACGUCUGGUGAGGAAACAGAUGUCUCAAGCAACACUAGAGAUUCAACAUCGCAUGAGGCCAGAGAUUGCUCAACUGGUGUGUCCUCAUGUGUAUGAGAAGCUCUUGAACCAUGAAAGUGUUCAGAAAUACCCUGACAUACGAGGAAUAUCAAAGAAUAUGUUCUUCGUUCAUCACAGUGAGCCAGAAAGUGAGCACCCAGGCUUGCUAAGUUAUCAAAACGACUUUGAAGCCAACUACAUUGUUGGUCUCUGUGCCCACCUACUGACACUGGGCUACUCUCCAAGUCAAAUAACUAUCCUAACACCUUAUGUCGGACAGCUCUUGAUGAUAAGAAACAAGAUGCCAAAGAGUGAAUUCAAUGGAGUUCAUGUGACAGCAAUAGAUAACUUUCAGGGAGAAGAAAAUGACAUCAUACUCUUUUCAAUGGUCCGCAGCACCAAUCCCAACAGCAGCAGAACAACAAUUGGUUUUAUGAAAGAAGACAACAGAGUUUGUGUGUCUCUGUCGAGAGCAAAGCAUGGAUUCUAUGCCAUUGGAAAUUUUGAGUUGAUCCGUCACCAGAGCCGACUGUGGGAGUCAAUCAUCUCUGACGUUGAGAGGAGAGAAUGUUAUGGCAACUCCCUCCCUCUCUACUGCUGCAAUCAUCCUGAGACAAAAUACUCAGCAAAGGAAGGCUCAAAGUUCAAAGCUAAAGCACCAAAUGGUGGCUGCCUAGAAAGAGCAUGCUAA